CACCAUACUACUUGUUACUGCACAAGCGAUGUGCAUGUUUCCAGGUAGCGUUCCUUUCUACGGAGAAACUUGAACGCAGCAUACAUAGCGACGAACUGCGAACUGGGGCUUGAGAAGGACGACGAAAACAAAAAAUGGACAUGCAUCGGGAAUAACCUGGGUUUGUAUGUCAGACGCCUGACUGGAGCUUCACAAAAGCCUGAGGGUUAGAAAACUACCUGACCCCAGAGUUGGGAACCAUGGAAGCUCGCUUUGGUAACAUCGUGUUCAGCUCUAAAUUUGACUCAGGGAACUUGGCCCGUGUGGAGAAGGUGGAGAAGGGCAGCUCCAGCCCUUCCUCUGACACGGCCUCCAGCGGCAGUGCCCCCGUUGGGUCCAACCUCAGCCCUGACUAUGAGUUCAACGUGUGGACGCAGGCAGACUGUGCUGGCACAGAGCAUGAGAAUGGAAAUAGAUCAUGGUUUUACUUCAGUGUGCGUGGUGCAGCAGCUGGGAAAGUCCUGAAGAUUAAUGUGAUGAAUAUGAACAAUCAGAGGAAGCUUUACAGCCAGGGCAUGGCUCCUCUUGUUCGCACUUUACCUGGCAAAAACCGCUGGGAAAGGGUUCGAGACAGACCCACGACUGAAAUUGUUGAUAACCAGUUCAUUCUCUCCUUCACUCACCGGCUGUCGGAGGUGCGAGGAGCGACCACCUACUUCUCCUUCUGCUAUCCAUACUCAUACAGCGAGUGCCAGGAGAUGCUGCAGCACCUGGAUGGGAGGUACCCCAGUGUCGCCCAACUCAGUCCAAGCAGUGCACCAGACGUUGUGUAUUACCACAGGGAGUUGCUGUGCCACUCUCUAGAUGGAAAUAGAGUGGACCUGCUCACUGUGACCAACUGCAGCGGGAUGCAGGAGGGGAGAGAGCCCCGGCUGCCUAAGCUGUUUCCCGACACCAACACUCCAAGACCACACUGCUUCUCUGGCAAACGGGUGUUUUUCCUCAGCAGUCGGGUUCACCCUGGAGAAACCCCCUCAUCCUUUGUGUUCAACGGUUUCCUAAACUUUAUCUUGAGAAGCGAAGACCCACGAGCUCACAUGCUCCGGACCAUGUUUGUGUUCAAACUCAUUCCCAUGCUCAACCCAGACGGAGUUAUCCGUGGACACUACAGGACUGAUUCCAGAGGAGUAAACUUGAACAGGCAAUACCUAAACCCCAGCCCUGAGCUGCACCCGUCCAUCUACGCAGCCAAAACACUUUUACUGUAUCACCAUACACACAACCGUUUACACAACCCACAGACCAGCGCUUACUUGAACGGCCCAGCACACGCACAGACGGCGCCCUCCAUCGUCAAACCAAACCAGCACCAUGCACCUCCCCUCACCGCUCUCGAGGUGAGCUUGAAUCAACGGAACGCAGAGAAGGACGCAGGUCCCGCACAGCCAGAUGUUCCCAUGGUGAUGGAAGAAAACAGCUGGGUCCCCACUGAAAUGGGGAAGGCGAACCUGAACAGCUCGUCAAGCUCCUCGGAGACUGUAGCUUCUGUCACUGUAGAAGUAACCGCUCCACAGGGGGAAGAACAGGAAUCCAUUUCACCCCAGGAGGGGGGUGUUGCAUAUUAUGUGGACUUGCACGGCCAUGCCUCCAAACGAGGAUGCUUUAUGUAUGGAAAUAGCCUCCCUGAUGAGAGCCAGCAGGUAGAGAACAUGCUGUAUCCGAGGCUCAUAGCGGUGAACUCUGCCCACUUUGAUUUCCAGGGCUGCAACUUCUCAGAGAAAAACAUGUAUGCGCGGGACAAAAGGGAUGGCCAGUCUAAAGAAGGCAGCGGGCGGGUGGCCAUGUACAAGGCCAUAGGGCUGCUUCACAGCUACACCUUGGAAUGCAACUACAACACAGGGAAAAGCAUGAACACCAUCCCACCGGCUUGCCAUGACAGUGGACGGGCAACCCCACCUCCGCCUCCAUCAUUCCCUCCAAAAUACACUCCAGAUAUAUUUGAACAGGUGGGCCGUGCCGUGGCUAUAUCAGCCCUGGAUAUGGCAGAGUCCAACCCAUGGCCACGACUGGUGCUGUCCGAGCACAGCUGCCUGACAAACCUCCGAGCCUGGAUCCUCAAGCAUGUACGGAACACCAAAGGCCUGAAUACACACAUAAACGCCCACCACCCACCCAAAGUACACCACAACGGCAGCAAGGCAUCACCACCAAAGAGUUUCAAUAACUGUCUGUCCGGCUCAGCAUCGGAGAACACCCUCAGCCGCGUACGCUGCAACAGCCACAGUAGCAGCAGCCAGACGCCCUCCCCCAAAAUGCACAGCUCCCCCAGCUUCACCUUUGGCUGCCCCCCAGCCCGAGCUCACGCGCAGCACAAUGGCACAUACACAAGCGGACGGCUUGGGGGCAACAAGACGCUUGGGCCAGUCAGGGACGCUAAGCCUCAGGAGAAGAGACGGCCCCCUCACCACCGCUCCAUCCUGCGGUCUCCCAGCAACAGCCACACACACUCCCGCCCCCCACUCUCACCCCCUUCCUCCUCCUCCUCCUCGUCUUCCUCAGUGUGUGCAACAGGAUCCUGUUCCCUCCCAGCAUCCGUCAGUAUGACAGGCCUCAGCUGUCCCGACUUUCAGGCAAGUGGAGCCAGUUCAUCCGGUUGCUCCAAAAUCCCUUUCCCCAUGCGUACAGGGCGUGUGGGGAGAGGCUGCCGACCUCUCACCAUCACUCAUCACCCCACAGAGACUUCUAAUGAGUUGGGGCCUGAACACAUCCUUUCAUCCAUCAAAUUUAGCAAAUGCGAUCUGCAGCCUCACGUGGGCCGCAGGGUGUGGUCACCUGACGUCCCUGCCAUACAUGACAGUAAAACAUCCAGUGGCAUCCAUGGCAACAAAGAGGAGUCGGCCACCAUGAAGGUCUGGAAGCUCAUCAGACCUGGACUUCACCGACACCUGUCACUAUCAGGUGUAUCAGGGAAGGACGGUGCACUACAACGUGCCUCUCAAGCGCUAAGAAAGAAGAGCACCGACCGCAGUUUACCCUACAAAGGGAGUAAUAUCAUAGAAACCGAACCGGAGACAGAUGAAACGCUGCAACAGGCUGGGGAAGCGACAGUGAUGCCUCUGCCUGAACAAGUGAGCGCAUGUGAGACCCUAUGUGGAGAAGCCUAGGAACUGCACAGAGCAAGAGGUGCCGGUGUUUGACCGUUUUUGUUAAUGUGAGCCUAGUGCAUCCAAAUAUUUCAAACAAGCAUUGGUUGUGUUUUAAAGCAUCGUAACAUUGUUUGUUAGCAUGGGGGUCUUUAGACAUAUCGAAGUGCUGCACAGCACAAUCUAUGAGCAGCUGUCGAGUGCCUUCCCCAGCGAGUCCACGGCAGUGGCACAUUUCCCCCCAACCAAGUUGUGUGGAGAUCCAUAAAUAUUUCAGCUAACAUUUACCUUUUUGUAAUUUUGUUCCUUAACUAAAAGAUGUUAAAUGAACUCUGGCCAAUACUGUUAUGCACUGAUACAGCCACAUAUAAAACGGCAAAGGUUUAACUCCAAACUGAAGAGCACAAACACUUUUAAACUGUCUUGUUUUUAAUGGAUAUAGAAAACAACUGUGUGACACAAGUGUAAUGUAAUUCUUCCAGAAGUUGUUGUGCUGUGCGUUGUUUAUAAUGACCAUAAAAGCUAUUUAUCCCAUUCAAUGAUAAUCUACAAAGUAGAACAUGAAGAGUGGAACUUGUUCCUUAGUGAUUUAAGUGUGUAAAAUUAUAAAAGAAUACUUUACUGCGGGUCUUCAACUCGCUUAUUUAAAUGAUUGUUGGUCUCGGAUACAUUUUCUGAGUAAUACACACUUGGAACCUGAAAGUCCCAGCUGCCAGUUAAGGAGGAUAAGGCCAAACAGAUCUGACUAGGUGCUCAUGUGAAAAUUGACACUACGCUACAGAAUAAGGUGGCAGCAAGUGAAUUACAGCCACCCUCCAAGGCUGGUGGAGGUGGAAAGCGUCAAAAUACAGCAGAAUUCCAGGAAAAACACGCUGUUUGCACAUAGGAAACUGUAACUUGGGGAAAUAUUAUCCGAACCAAAGUUGAACAGCAGGGAAUGAAAAAACAUUUGUCCAAAUCCACACCCAAAACACAGUAAUUAUAAUUCAUAGGGUAAGAAUACUAACAUAUUGAAAUUUAAUUUAUAAUUACACUGAUGUUUUAUUUUUCACAUUCUUGAUUAAGAAUUUAAUAUGCACAUUCAUCUAAAGUAUGUAGAUACUUUUAUAGGCACUGUAGUCCUGUAGAGCUUCAUGCCCAUCACUACACCUGUAUGGUUCUUUAUUAUAAUAUAUGUUCACAUGAAAGCAUGUUAUAUAAGUAUAUCCUGAUUUAUAUCUUGUGACAUUUUUUACCAAUUAAAAAAAUUAAGUGUGUCUGA